UCCUGAAUUCUGAAACCACCAAACCUGACGAGAGGAAGUCUCUCGCGCUAGUCCGUUUCAAACGCCAACGCAAUUCAACGCGACGGACGCGAGCUAUAAAAUCGGAAGAGAAACCGCUGCCAGUUCCACUUCCAUUCCAUCCAAUCCCCCACGAACUCGCUCAUCCAUCCUCCAUUCCUCCCCACGAUGCCAUCCUCACGCCUCCCGGUUCUCCUCUGCCUCGCCGCCGUCGCCGUCACGGCGGCGAUGGCCGCCGGAGAAGGAGGCCUCCGCCUGCCCCGCGACGCCACCUUCCCGGCGGCGCAGGCGGAGCGGCUCAUCCGCGCGCUCAACCUCCUGCCCAAGGAGAAGGGCGGCGGCGACGGGCCCAGUGUGGCGCCGGGGGAGCUCCUGGAGCGGCGCAUCAGGCUGCCCGGCGUGCCCGACGGGGUUGGGGACCUCGGCCACCACGCCGGUUACUUCCGUCUGCCGCACACGCAUGACGCCAGGAUGUUCUACUUCUUCUUCGAGUCGAGGGGGAAGAAGGAGGACCCCGUCGUGAUCUGGCUCACCGGAGGGCCCGGCUGCAGCAGCGAGCUGGCCGUCUUCUACGAGAACGGGCCCUUCACCAUUGCCAACAAUAUGUCGCUUGUUUGGAACAAAUUCGGUUGGGACACAAUCUCAAAUAUCAUAUUUGUUGAUCAACCCACUGGAACUGGCUUUAGCUACAGCUCUGAUGAUCGUGAUACUCGUCAUGAUGAAACCGGUGUCAGCAAUGACCUAUAUGACUUUCUUCAGGUGUUCUUUAAGAAGCACCCAGAAUUUGCAAAGAAUGACUUCUAUAUAACUGGAGAAUCUUAUGCUGGGCACUACAUUCCAGCAUUUGCAAGCAGAGUUCACCAAGGAAACAAAGCAAACGAGGGCAUUCAUAUAAACUUGAAGGGAUUUGCUAUCGGUAAUGGUCUCACUGAUCCAGAAAUCCAAUACAAAGCCUACACAGACUAUGCACUGGAAAUGAAUCUGAUUGAGAAAUCCGACUACGAAAGGAUCAAUAGGUUCAUCCCACCAUGUGAAUUUGCAAUUAAGAUGUGUGGUACUGAUGGGAAAGCAUCAUGUAUGGCAGCUUAUAUGGUCUGCAAUAAUAUUUUCAACUCCAUCAUGAAGCUUGUUGGGACAAAGAAUUACUAUGACGUGAGGAAGGAAUGUGAAGGGAAACUUUGCUAUGACUUCUCAAACCUGGAGAAGUUCUUUGGUGACAAAGCGGUCAAAGAGGCACUUGGAGUUGGUGACAUUGAUUUUGUGUCUUGCAGUACUACAGUUUAUGAAGCAAUGCUCACAGACUGGAUGAGGAAUUUGGAAGUCGGCAUCCCGGCUCUACUUGAGGAUGGGAUUAACGUGCUUAUAUAUGCUGGAGAGUAUGACCUUAUAUGCAAUUGGCUCGGAAACUCGAGAUGGGUACACUCCAUGGAAUGGUCUGGCCAGAAAGACUUUGUAUCCUCUUCUGACUUAUCGUUUGUAGUAGACGGUGCAGAAGCUGGAGUUUUGAAGAGCCAUGGACCACUCAGCUUCCUCAAGGUUCACAAUGCGGGUCACAUGGUUCCGAUGGACCAGCCAAAAGCUUCCCUGGAGAUGCUAAGGAGAUUCACCCAAGGGAAACUGAAGGAGUCGCUCCCCGAAAUGAUGGUUUUGAAGGCGGCGAUGUGAUUGGCAUGAACAUGAAGGGAAUUGCUUGAUUACUAGGUAGUCUGAGGUGUCAUUCCAAGGAGUGUGUCGAUCACUGAAUUGAAGCUUGUUAUUUCCUCCCUGAUACUAAUAACGUUGGCCCUGCAAUGUAAGUAACUACCCACUGAUGCAUGCUGUUGAUAUAAAGUCCAAUACAAAGGGACAAUGUCGGAAACCUUGUCUGCUGCUCUUGUAAAGCAUCUCAUGUAUACAACCUUUGAUCCAGAAAGACAAAUAAUAUUUUUUAUUAAAAAAAGAUACUAGUGUCUGAA